AUGUAUCUAGGACACUGUUUGGAGACGACUGAGGGAAAACUGUAUCUACGUGACUGUUCAGGGUUUAUAGAAGGCUGUCCAGAUAAUGCCUACAGGAUCAAUGAAAAUUACGAUUAUCCUGCAUGUCAACAAAUCAACACACAGAAUCACUGCUAUCUUGCCGAUCCUUCCUGUUCAGCAUUAACAGAGAAUAUCUUUCACAAAUCAAGAGUUUCUACAACUAGAAUAAACGUAGACCAUGACGUUUACAGCAGCACGAUAAUAAAAUUUCAAACAGCCAGACUCCAAAAGUAUGAUACCGCCGAUAUUGGAGCAAUAGUAGGAGGACUGUGUGCUACAGGGAUUGUCCUCCUCCCCCUGUUUCUAAUUCUUCUCUGGAAAAGAAAACAAAGAUGUAGAAAGACAAAAGAACCAAAUCCAGAGACAGAUCAUUUGGCGGGAAUAAUGAAAAAUGGCCCUGAAAAUUACUUGCAAGAACAAUGUACCAGUACUUCUCAUGAACGUAUUACAUUGCUAACAAAUUCUACUGUUGAAGAUGAAGAGGUUGGUGGUAAUAGUAAACCAGAGAAGGAAAUCUAGUGAGGAUGGCAUUUAUAGAAAACCAGAGAAGAAAACCCAAGAUGUCACAGAGGCUGGUGUUUCUAUUAAACCAUUGCAGGAAAUCCAUGAUGUCACAGAGGCUGCUGAUUUCAGUAAACUACAGAAGAGAGCACUUGUUGACACAAAAGCAGAUAUAAAUAGGAAAAGAGAAGGACAAAUUCCUUUAUUUGAAACUGUUUGUAUCAUAAAUGAUUCAGAAAAAAGACGGCACGGUGUCUUAGAGGCUGAUAUCAAUAAUAAAUCAGAAGAGAGAAGUCAUGGUAACACAGAUACCAAUGUCAAAAAUGAAUUAGAGAGGAGGAUAUAUGAACUCAGUAAUGUUAAGGAAGGACAGAGUUCACAUUCCUUGUACAUCGUAUUGGAAGUUUAAUUCUGACGUCAUUGAAGUUUAACAAGCUACAGAAAUUAAUUUACUAUAUAAUAAUACGUAAAUAACAACUUGAGAAUUACCUUGAAUUGGUUUCGGAUGUAAACGUUUUUAAGUCAAUUAUGGCAUUAAUUUACCUCAUCUUUCUCAUCUAGAUAUUUAAGCUGUUCUUAAUAAUCGUAAUUUACAUCACAGCUACAAUGUAUAUGUCUCUGGUGCAAGCCGCUGGUACAUUUUUGUAUUUACAAGAGAGAAAACUUAAAUAAUCAACUUUGAAAAAGUUGUCUUUCUUUGUUUUCACUUUGGAAAAAAAACGAAACAGAACUUGUUACCAAUGAAAUUACGUCUCCACGAGCCAGGACAUUUUUGAUUACGCUGGGACAUUGACCCCCCACAAAUAAAAGGAACCCACAGUACAUGUAAAGACAGUCAAAGUAUUCCCGGCUGCUUAGUGCUAAGGAACUCUAGAUUUUAUUGGUUCAGUUAUCAGAACAUUUUGUAUGCGAUCAGAUUCAAGUAUUUUAUAGAAUUUAAAUGAUUAUAAAAUCAAAGGCCUAAAAUUGGCAUUAAUAUAAACUCGUCAGCCACAAAACGACCCAAUGUUAGGUUUAACUGGUUAAUUAUGUCAUAAUAACGACAGAAAUUUACAAAAUUAGUUUGAUUUUAAAUGAAGCUGAUGAAAUUCCUGUAAGAUCAACUUAUUAUAGCGUAGCAUGUCUUAUUUAAAACAUUGUUCAUACUCAGGGCAAGCUCUUGGGUAUAGCGAAUAAAUAAGGAGACAUAAACACUAUAAACAGGUGGUAACGAAAAUUGAGGGUGGAAAAGCUGAAGUUAUAUCCCGUUUGUCAUAUAAAUUUGUUUGUAGUUAGUCCUUGUCUCUAUGGUUAGUUAAAAAUAAGAGAAUAACAAAAUAUAUAACGGACAGAAUCUGUGACAUCCUUUAUCUGGGGUUUACUGGUAUAUUUCGAGUCAACACAUAAAUGAAAAAUUAGUAAUUAUUGUUAAUUGAUCAAACAUCGUCGAUCUAUUAGAAUAUUGAUUUGAAACAGGUAUUUCUUCUUUUCACAUGUAUACAUUUUUAAAAUUAAAUUUGCUUCAAGGGCUUAUAAAGUCAGGAGGGCUAAUAUAGGGGAAUAAUUAGUGCUCAUCUGAAAUCCCACAAUAUGUUGGAGAACUUAUUCUCCGCAGAUUAAAAAAAAUCUAUAAGGAACUCCAGCAGUUUUGCUCGAACUACGAAAGGAUUAUUUUAAAAACAAAACAAAAUAACGUUAUAUUCUUCCUUUAUGUUCCUCUGUUAUUAUGCAAGACCGAAGCUAAGUCAACUGAGCUAGUUUUUUGAAGGAUUGAAAUUAAAAUAACAACAGUAGUUAAAAUAAAAAAAGUCAUUUAUUGAAGUAAAUGACGCAAAACAAAAUAUAAACAUAUUAUAAGGGGGUCAGACAAGACUAGAAAAAAAAAUCGAAAGAAUACAAAAAUCUUUGGUGUCAUAUUAUACAAUUUGACCCCAUAAAUUUACAUAUAUCCUAAAGCAGGCACUGAUAUGCCUGUCAUGAAAAAGGGUGGGUUAAAAGAAAAUAAACGCCACAAUCCAAUUACAAAUUGCAAGUUAAGUCAACAGUUUUACCUAAUUACGAGCGAAACCCCUAAAAUGAAUUCAAUAUCCAAUGUCAAAGGAAAAUACUAUUUUAAAUCAUCAUUAUAAGAUUUCAAGGACGAUGUUUCAAAGGGAACUUAAUUAAAAAAUGGUAUGAUGUUACAUUUUUAUGAUUCUGCCAUAGGAAUAUUCUAUAAAGGAAUCAUGUCAAAAGAAAAAAAUAAUUAACCAUUGUUUAUCUUUUAGAAUAGUAAUCGUUGCAAUUUCAAACAAAAGAUACCAGCAUCUAUUGCUUGUGCUUUUCGUGCGAUUAAAAGAGGAAAAAAGUUUAUAAAAUAAAUUUUGAUACAACUUGCUCUUGAUCUAGGACACUCAGUGAGUGCGACUGGCCGACAGUAGAUAUUAUUGGCUCAUUUAUUGCACAUGAUAUUUUCAGAUAUCCAUAUUUGCUCUCCUCCUAUUUUGUAUUGUUGAUUUGGAUUU